UUUAAGCGUUUAAGGCUCUAACUUUCUUUUGCGCCUAACAUAACCUUCUCUGCGAAACCAAACCUUAUCCCUCUCUCGAACCCUCUGCCACAUCUCGUACACAGCGAAGAAGGAAGGUGGAGUGAAGGAUGAGCGGAGACGAAUCGUACGGUGCCACAGAGACCCAGUACAUACGGAGACAUCACAAGCAUGAACCCAGGGAGAACCAGUGUACUUCCGCCCUCGUCAAGCACAUACGAGCUCCUGUUCACCUUGUGUGGUCGCUGGUUAGAAGGUUUGAUCAGCCUCAGAAGUACAAACCUUUUGUAAGCAGGUGUAUCAUGCAGGGAGACCUUGGUAUUGGGAGCGUGAGAGAAGUGAAUGUUAAAUCGGGACUUCCUGCUACAACUAGUACUGAGAGGUUGGAACAACUUGACGAUGAGGAACACAUUCUUUGCGUCAAGAUUGUUGGUGGCGACCACAGGCUGCGGAACUAUUCCUCUAUAAUCACAGUGCAUCCAGAGAUCAUUGAUGGAAGACCUGGAACAAUGGUGAUUGAAUCCUUUGUGGUGGACGUACCUGAUGGGAACACCAGGGAUGAAACCUGUUACUUUGUGGAGGCGUUGAUCAGGUGCAAUCUAAGCUCCUUGGCUGAUGUCUCCGAGAGGAUGGCUGUGCAGGGCCGGACCGAUCCCAUCAAGCAUUAAGUAGGUAUGGGUGAACAAGGUCGGGUUGCAACUAUUCGAUCUGUGGCUUUCUAAUCCCAGGUCAGGUGUAGAGAUUGGUUGGAGUAUUUCUUCCACGUUCUCAGAAGUUUUGGGUGUGGGUUGCUGCCAAUUUGUAUUUCAAUAUCAAGGAUGCCUUUCCCUACCAUCCCUUCUGCAUCUGUAGCUUUGUGUAAUCUACUUAAGAACAGCUAAGUUUCUCUCCUUCAGUUUUUGCGAGAUGAGAUUCUCAGCUUCAUGAACAUGAGAGGAUGGGAGCGGGGAAAGUUCCUUGUUCUCUGCUAUUCUUCCUGGGGUAUCUGCAUGGUGGUGUGUUGCUAGGGCUAUUUGUAAAUAUUUAUGUUGGAAAAAAGAAAAAAGAAAAAAGAAAAGAAAAGAAAGAGAACUGCAGCCUUUGCUAUUUCAUGUUCAUCAGCAAGAUCUCUGUACUGGUAGGAGAAGACCCCUCUUAGUAUCCGCUGCCUUUGUUGCUCUUAUCUAUCUUUCUUGUAUAAGUUUAGUGUUACUUGUUUGUAAGUUGAUUUAUCCACUUUUUUCUUCCCUUUGUUUUUGAAAGCGAUUGGUGGAAGCUUCCUCAAUAAUAGGAGGUGGGAUGGUUAUUCUAACUAUAA